AUCAGAUCCCAAUUUGGCUUUGCAGAAAUUUGAUAGAAGCAAACAGUAGGCGACUCCCUACCUCUUCAGAAUUUUCUAGAGGAAAAGUACCACAAACAAACAUUUCUUCACCAUUAUCAUAAUCAUCGUAUAACAAAAACUACAGUACAAAAUUUGGGAAAAACCCUAGCUAAAAUAACAUAGGUAUAAUGGAUGAACAGAGGUCGGGCUCUCGGGAGCUGCAGUGCGUGGGCAGGCUAGAAAUCGCCAGGCCCAAGCCCGUGGGGUUUCUUUGCGGAUCCAUACCUGUACCCACCGACAAGGCAUUUCAUGAUUUCAAUUCUGUUGCCGCCCUUGUUCCGUCUUCUCAUACGGUGCAACCUCCAAGGUAUCAGAUGAUUCCAACAGAAACAGAUCUGAACACGCUACCCGUACUCUCGAGUAUCCCAGAAAAGGUACUCCCGAUUGCAAAAGCACAGAAUGAAGAUUCACCAUGGGAAGGUGGCCCCAUUACGUCAAAUCUUACGAGGAAAGGUGAGGCACUUGCUGUAUCUGGUUUGGUAGAAUAUGGAGAUGAGAUGGAUGUAAUUGCCCCAGCUGACAUUUUGAAGCAAAUAUUUAAGAUACCAUACUCCAAAGCUCGAGUGUCUAUUGCAGUACAUCGUGUUGGACAGACACUUAUCCUGAACUCUGGACCUGAUAUUGAAGAGGGAGAAAAGCUUAUCCGAAGACAUAACACUAAAUCAAAAUGUGUAGACCAAUCAUUAUUUUUGAAUUUUGCUAUGCAUUCGGUAAGAAUGGAGGCUUGUGAUUGUCCACCUACCCAUGCAGCUUCAUCAAAGGAGAAACCAAAGUCCUCUGUUCUUCCUGAUGAAUACAAGUCCAAGAAAGAGUCAUUUGAAUCUUUGAACCAUCCAAUUCAAGGGCAUGGGUCCAUUAGGCAGAGUGAUGAAAUAGGUUCAGGCGAAGGAUUUAUCCGUAAUCAAGAGUACCCGCAGGUUGAAAAGGAAAAGCUGUUUUGGGAGAAGACGAAUAAGAGAACUAAAGCUCGUGAAGCUAUCAAGGUCUCACAGAUUAAAGAAAAGCCGAGGCGCACCGUGCAGGAAUCUGAAAAGUACAGAAGAGUUAGUAAUGAUGAGUUCUUAAGAAUGUUAUUUUGGCAGUUCCACAAUUUCCGCAUGCUUCUAGGCAGUGACUUACUUAUCUUCAGUAAUGAAAAAUAUAUUGCGGUGAGCUUGCAUUUAUGGGAUGUUUCACGGCAGGUCUCUCCAUUGUCUUGGCUUGAAGCUUGGCUCGACAACUUUAUGGCUAGUGUUCCCGAAUUGGCUAUCUGUUAUCAUCAGGAUGGUGUUGUUCAAGGUUAUGAGCUUCUGAAAACAGAUGAAAUUUUUCUACUAAAGGGUAUAUCAGAGGAUGGGACUCCUGCUUUCCAUCCCCAUGUUGUCCAACAAAAUGGCCUCUCCGUUUUGAGGUUCCUUCAGGAGAACUGCGAGCAAGACCCUGGUGCUUAUUGGCUAUAUAAAAGUGCUGGCGAAGAUGUCAUCCAACUUUUUGAUCUCUCUGUCAUUCCAAAAAACCAUCCUCCCGAUAAUUGUGAUGAUAACUCUGAUCCUCUGCCAUCUCUGAUGCACAGAAGGAGAAGUGAUUCCAUACUCUCCCUGGGCACUCUAUUGUACAGAAUUGCACACAGACUCUCACUCUCAAUGUCUCAUGGUAGCAGAGAAAGAUGCGUCGUUUUUUUCAAAAAAUGUCUUGACUUGCUGGAAGAACCAGACCAUCAAGUGGUACGUGCACUUGCUCACGAACAAUUUGCGAGGCUUCUCUUGACUUACAAUGAAGAACUGGAGUUGACAUCUGAAGCACUUCCACUAGAGUCUGAAGUCAUCAUCGCUGAUGCUGAAGAAGAAUCCUUUGAGUUUAUGAAUGGGUUAUAUGCAUCGAAUGCUCAUGAUAUAGUUUAUCCCCCGUUCGCUGCAGUAGAACCUAACAGUCAGGAAAAUUUUGAUCUUGAAAAUUCCACAGAGAUGACAUCUGGUGAUAGCAUAUCUGUAUCAUCGGGUAUUGCAAUUGUUGCAGACGAGGAUAAUGUGCCAAGUUCUAGUGAUGAGGAUUUUAUGGUCUGUAAUGUGUCAAAAACUUCUGAUCAUGAAAUCCAGACUGUUGCCGAUCCAAUAUCGUCUAAGCUUGCUGCAAUUCAUCACGUCUCUCAAGCCAUCAAGUCUCUUAGAUGGACGCGCCGAUGGCAAAGCACCAAACCAGAGCUGAACCAUAAAAAUGAAAUUGAGGACGAACCACCUUCAUCAAUGGAUUUCUCUGUUUGUGCCUGUGGCGACACUGACUGUAUUGAAGUUUGUGAUAUCCGAGAUUGGCUCCCAACAUCCAAAUUAGAUGACAAAUUGUGGAAACUUGUUUUAUUGCUUGGGGAGUCUUAUUUGGCUCUUGGUGAAGCUUAUAAGGAUGACGGCCAACUCUAUCAAGCCUUGAAGGUUGUAGAACUGGCAUGUUUGGUUUAUGGAUCAAUGCCUCAUGACACCAGAUUUAUUUCUUCAAUGGUUUGUAGCUCGUUAUCCCAUGCGGAAGUUAACAUCAGAAGUGAAAACAUGAAGUCUUUCGCAGGUGAUGAUCAUCUUGCUUUCGGUCAGCUGUCUUCGAAUUACCUCUUUUGGGCCAAGGCUUGGACACUAGUUGGGGACAUAUUUGUUGACUUUUAUCUGGUAAAGGGUGAAGACGCCUCAAGGCAAGCAGAAAGGAAAGACAACGCCAAAGACUUGAGAAUGUCAUCUGAGGUCUUGAAGGAAGUUGAGAGACUCAAGAAGAAGCUGGGGCAAUUUAACCAGAAUUGCAGCUUAUGUUCUUUAGUAAAUUGUAGCUGCCAGAGUGACAGGGCCAGUAGUGGAAGCAGUGCAAGUAGCAGUACUCAAGAAACUCGUUCAUCUGGUUAUGGCAGAAAGCAAUUUAAAAAAUCAUAUAUCACAAACAGCAAUUAUUCACGUCCUGUGGAUUAUGAAAAUGUCACAGUUGCUGAGAAUGGGGACAUUAGAAACACUAAGGAAAGUAAACAUCUUAAGCAUAACAAGACUGAUAAAAUCAAUGAAAGUUCCAAUAGGAUAGCAGAUGCUAUGCAGGAUGUGAACUUGGCAGCUGAGGUAGAUGUUAUGGGGUCUAGGGUAGAUACUCCUUCUGAACCUUCUUCCAAAGGUAAAACUGCUGUGAAAAAUGGUGGUAUAUUUAAGUACUUGAGGUGUUCUAUAGCUGGAGAUGCUGAUUAUACUCUCUCUGUUGCCCUGAGUUGUUAUGAAGAAGCUCGAAAAUCCAUGAGUGAACUUCCUGCUAGUUCAGCAGAUUUAAAAUCUGUAGUCAAGAAGAAAGGAUGGGUGUGCAACGAACUAGGACGAUAUAGGGUGGAAAGGAAAGAUUUGGGCAAAGCUGAAAUUGCAUUUGCUGAGGCUAUUAGUUCUUUUAUAGUAGUCGAGGAUCAUACUAAUAUCAUUUUGAUCAACUGUAAUUUGGGCCAUGGACGAAGAGCAUUAGCUGAAGAGAUGGUAUUAAAGAUUGAAAGUCUCAAGGAACAUGCUGUCUUCCACAGUGCAUAUCUGCAGGCAGUUGAAACUGCCAAAAUGCAAUACAGUGAAUCACUCAGGUAUUACGGGGCAGCAAAGACAGAACUAAAUUCUUUAGCUGAAAAUGAAGGUUCUGUCUCAAGCAGUUUGAAGAACGAAGUAAAUACACAGUUUGCUCAUACAUAUCUACGACUGGGCAUGCUGUUGGCAAGAGAAGAUACUGUUGCAGAGAUUUAUGAGAAUGGGGUCCUCGAAGAUUACUCUGUUUCUAGUCUCACUAGAACUCAGAGAGAACAUAGAAAGCAUGAGAUAUCGGCAAAUGAUGCCAUCCGGGCGGCUACAAACAAAUCUUCUGUCAGUCCUCAGCAAACUCCAUUGAAUAAGUCGGUUGAUGCUAACAAACUGAGGGAGCUUUACAAGAUUUCUUUGAAGUCCACUAAUUUUAGUCAGUUACACGAUAUGCACAGAUUGUGGGCAUCAUAA